AGUGCGUUGCUUUUGUCGGUUUAUCGCACUGCUAAUACUUCCUAGAGUCCUGUUUUUCUCUCUGUUCUUUCUCCGUCGGCUGGCACCCCGUGUGGACGUACACACAGACACACAGACACGCACGUUCUUGGCAUGACAGGAAACGCCGCGUACGUGCAGGUGGUGUGUUGGCCCCACACCGUCAUCGUCGAAGAGUACAACGUCUUCCGCACAGCGCAGCAGCUUCUGGCACAGGUGCUGCCUUCGCACAUCUUGUCCAUCACACGCCGACUGUCCGACGCCAUGCGACAUGCUCGUGUGGCACAACACACGCAAAACAGCGGCAGCGAUGAUGAUGAGCGUUGUGGGGCUGAAGCGGACGUGGACGAGGCGGCAGCGACGUGCAUGGCGCCUCUCCCGCUUACAGCAAGUCUCCUGCAAAGAUAUCUGCAGCAGCGCGAGACGGAAAAUCGAGAGAGCGGCGGCCCGCACACGGAUAGCGACGAGGACAACAGUAAAAACGCCAACGCUCGAGCUGGCGAGGAUCCCUCGCUGACGCUCGUCCAGUGCGGCGACGACGGCGCAGCUCGCUCCUCCGCCCCUCCGCCGCUGCCCAGCUCCCCCCACGGAGGCUGGCUGACGGUGCAGCCGGCUCUCGAGUACGUAUCGGCCACCUACGGGCCACUGCACGCCGUCACGUGGCCGCAGUGGGAGGAGCUGCAGGCGCUGCAUGGUGCGGAAGUUGCUCCCGUCACCGCGGAUGCAGUGGCGGCGUCGUCGGGUGUAUUGGUGGAAGUUGUAUUGCUAUGGUGUCACGAAGGCACCGUGUACCGCGUCACGCCGGAAGAGUUGCGUGUGGUGGAGACGAAAGGCAGCGUCGAGGCCUCCUCCACCGCCGCUCCGACGUCCUCCGCAUCCUUUCUGACCUGCAACGUGGAGCUGGAGUACCCGCCCGGCAUCCUCCUCUCGCGCAAGCUGCCGCUCCCUCUUGCCGAGCCGCUCCUGACGCGGCGGGAGCUGAUCGAGCUGGUGCGACGCACCGCAAACAUUCGGCAGCACCAGUCACUGCGUGUGGCGUACCGCGUGUGGCCGCGCCUGCUCGGCGGCGUGCCGGAGUUAGGGAUUCCUCUCGGGAUGGAAAGCGUCAGCACGAAUUACAACGGAAGUGGAAGCGCGGGGGGCGGUGCGUACACCCCAACAACCGGUGGUCCGCCGCUGCGCGCCAUCGAGAGCGAUUCGGCGGUCGCUGCGUUUGUGCAGGACACGCUGACGCACGGGAGCGCGGCGGUGCGCGUGGUGGCGGUGCAGAGCGCACGCGCGGCUCCUCCCUCUCCGCUACCCACGACAGCACCUGAAAAGCGUCAGGAGCUCCAACAGCGGGUUGUGGGGGGAGGGCGUCGUGCGGACGCCGCGGCCGCACCGGCGUCGAAGGGGAAGAUGGCAGGUGCUCUGAAAAUCGCCUGCGAGGCGAGAGGUGCCGCAUUACCAUCAUCAUCAACAGCAGCAGCAACGAAAACGGAAGCUACGCCUGCACCUGCCUCGACAGGUGUAUCGGACAGGUCUGCGGUGAGGACGACACAGACGAUGAGCUCUGCGAUGCCCGCUGCGGCGCACCAACCUCGGCCAGCAGCACCACCAUCGUACACGGUGAUGCCGCUGCCGAUACAAAAGGGCGACUCGAAUUCCGAAGAAGACGGCGAAGGUGAAGGAGAGGAUGGAGCUUCUCAUAAUCCUCCGCCUUCCGUCACGAAGGGGAGCGCAGACGGCGAUAACGAUGCCCCGCUCUUGGCGAGCAAUCGUGCCACGAACCGUGUACCGGAGGCAGUACGCAGCACCGCGCGGCACGACGCAGCAACCACCACAGCAGCAGCAGCCUUGAUGCCGGUAACCACCGCAAACACAGCGGCGAACUCCACGCCCUCCCCCUCAGAGGCGUGCAGCCGGCACUCGCACACGCGCGGGCCUGUCCUGUCAAGUGAAGGCGACGACCUCGUGCACGCUGAUGACCCGCAACGGCUAUCCGGACAGACGGGCACGGAAGUGUGUGAGGAGGUCCAUGAAAGGGAAGGGGGGAAGGACAAUGUGCCGCAGCGUCAGCGACAAGAGCAGCUGCUGUACGCCGCUGCCGUUUUGAAUGUGGGUGUGACAGAGCAUGCCUUCACAGAAGUCAACGAGGAAGGGGAGGCGUCGAGCAACGACAAGCCGCCUACGGGCUCACAGGAUCGCACUGCCGUUGCGGAGGAGGACCUGCGGAGGAGGCCAAAUGUGAGGCAGAACAUCGUCAACGAAGGCGACAACGACACAGCAUGUGCGAAGGAGGGGAGGAAAGCGGUGGAAGGGUCAGCGAACGCCCCUGCUGCGGUGGCAUUCAUCGUCCCUACUCCUCCCCAACAGCAGCCAAAAGCAGCAGCGCAUACAAGCAGCGUUGGCAGAAGCAGUCUUUUGGACCCCCACUCCAUGGUCUUUGUGCGGUACGAGGUCGAGCCCACCGCCGUGUACGUCUCGGGCCCUGUGUCGCAGGCGGCGCUGCAGCAGCUGCAGGACGUCAUCUUCCGUCGCUGCUGUGCGCCCCUCAGCUCGGAUGCAGACGCGCCGCGGCCACGCUUCCACGUCCACGGUGCCGACGAUGCACACGUCAGCAACGUCAGCGGAGCACAAAAUGCUGCUGCAUUAGACGGGAGAGGGACGGAGAUGAAUUAUACGAAUAAGAAGAAUAACAGUAAUAAUAAUAGUGACAGCACGUCAUCCGGUACGCUGUCGCACGCCGAGUACGUGCUGCCGUUGUACGCGUACACGUUUACCCAGGCAGAGGAAAACACGCUGGAGCGCUGCGUGGCGGAGGUGAUGGCGGUGUACCAGGGGCUGGAACAGCUGCCGGCGAAGGAGGCGGCGGAGUGGGCGCAGGCGGCCAGCUUUAGCGUCGCCGCCACACCGGCUCUCGGAGGAAGAGAAGCGACGCUGUUGUGUGCGCGGAGCGAAGAUACCUGA